ACCCCGAGGAGACAAGAUGGCGGCGGCGCGGCGUCGGUGAAAAAAAAAACCCUCACGUUUCAACAAAAUCGAAACGGAGAGACCGUCCCGCGGCCGGGAGACCCCGGGGGUCGGGGGGAGUGAGAGAGAGCAGCAGCGGCAGCGGCGGUACCACCCCCUCGUCCCAGUGUCCGUCUCUCGGUCACACUGCCCCGCCCCGCCCCGCCCGGGCCCAUCAUGGAGGUGAUCGAAGGAUGCCGCCUCCCCGUCCUCCGGAGGAACCAGGAGAAUGAGGACGAGUGGCCACUGGCUGAAAUCCUCAGCGUUAAAGACAUCAGCGGGCGCAAGGUGUUCUAUGUCCAUUACAUAGACUUUAACAAGCGUCUGGACGAGUGGGUGACUCCCGAAAGGUUGGAUCUAAAGAAAAUCCAGUUCCCGAAAAAGGAAGCUAAGACUCCAACUAAGAACGGCCUCCCAGGAUCCAGACCAAGCUCUCCAGAGAGAGAUCUGAAGAAGACACUCGAUCUUUCACUGCACACAUCAGCAGCAGGGAUUGGCAAAACCAUUCCAACACCGGGCUUGCCUUACUUAGCCUCAAGUGCUAGUUUACAAAGGGUCUCUGUCGUGAAGAUACCAGACAGGACCAACAGCAUCGAAAACGUCACAAAAAAUUUGUUAUCCAAGAGGAAGUUGGAGGCUGUUUCUCUUACAACCCAGUGCUCCCCAGCAACUCCAGUGGCUCCAGCUCCAGAAAUACCCACCCCCGUCUUUGCACAGCAGAAUGGUUCGGUGAGGAGAGCAGUGUCGGUGGUCACUGGGCGGAAGAGGAAAGCUGGCUGCCUGGGGACUGAUGAGGACUCCCAGGACAGCUCGGACGGUAUUCCCUCGGCUCCCCGUAUGACAGGCAGCCUGGUGUCAGACAGGAGCCACGAUGAUAUAGUGACGCGGAUGAAGAACAUUGAAUGUAUCGAGCUGGGCCGGCACCGCCUGAAACCCUGGUACUUCUCGCCCUACCCACAGGAACUCACCUCCCUGCCCGUGCUCUACCUCUGCGAGUUCUGUCUCAAGUAUCUGAAGAGCCUCAAAUGUCUGCAGAGGCACCUGACCAAAUGUAACUUGCGACAUCCACCAGGAAACGAAAUUUACCGCAAAGGAACCAUCUCCUUCUUUGAAAUUGAUGGCAGGAAAAACAAAAAUUACUCGCAAAACCUGUGCCUGUUGGCUAAGUGCUUCUUGGACCACAAGACCCUGUACUACGACACCGAUCCCUUCCUGUUCUACGUCAUGACAGAAUACGACUGCAAAGGCUUUCACAUUGUGGGCUACUUCUCCAAGGAGAAAGAGUCAACCGAAGAUUACAAUGUGGCCUGUAUAUUAACACUGCCGCCAUACCAGAGGAGAGGCUACGGGAAGUUGCUCAUCGAGUUCAGUUACGAGCUCUCGAAGGUGGAAGGGAAGACUGGAACCCCGGAGAAACCGUUGUCUGACCUGGGACUGCUGUCCUACCGCAGCUACUGGUCCCAGACCAUUCUGGAGAUUCUGAUGGAGCUGAAAUCUGAGAAUGGAGAGAGGCCACAGAUAACCAUCAAUGAGAUCAGUGAAUUAACCAGCAUCAAGAAGGAGGAUGUGAUCUCAACCCUGCAGUAUCUCAAUCUCAUUAACUACUACAAGGGUCAGUACAUACUCACGCUGUCUGAGGACAUUGUCGAGGGGCAUGAGAAGGCAAUGAUGAAGAGGCAUCUCCGAAUAGACUCCAAAUGCCUGCACUUUACCCCCAAGGACUGGAGCAAGAGGGGGAAAUGGUAACGGCAUGCAAGUUGGGACCACGCAGGGACAGAGAGAGAGAGAGAGACUGUCUGAGGACCAGGAGCAGAUACACAGCCUUCGGCAGCACUGCAUCACUGACUCUGUCUCUCUCACACACAUCGUGCGCUGUCCCUUUCAUUGCACUGAAACUGACUCUCCUUGUGAGCGAGUGCUGACUGACGUUUGCAAGGAACGGCUGUUGACUUUGAAACCUCUCUCUCUCGCUGGUGCACGUUGCUCCUCCUGAGCACGCUGGAGUGCCGUCACCAUGGGGGGAGAGGCAGGAGGCUCGCUCCUGAGGGUCAGACCUCUGGCACCAACCCCCCCCCCAACUCCCCGGCAACAAUGUCGGAGUGUGGGUGAAACGGUCACCGAAGUCUCUCCCUCUCCACGGUCACCGGUGCUGAGCCGUGAAGCCCCUCGGUGUGCUCGUUGCCGGGAGUGGGUAUCCUGUACUCGUGUGCACGGAUAUACUUCACCAGCGUGCCAUUUCGAGGCAGGCAUCAGACGGCUCUCUGCUCCUGUGGGUGGGUCCUCGCACUGGGGAGGCACUGAGACACAAAGCCAGCAGGGGGCGUGACGUUAUGCCUCGCUGUGCCUCAGCCAGCGUGAGGCGCUAAAGGUUGUCAAUUAAGAGCCCUGCACUGGUCAGGUCGCAACAUGUCAGCACUGCAGCUGAGGUGGUAAUGGUGAGGGAGCUGUACCAGGCACGGCCAACAGGAGGGGCUAGGUGGGUGGGGGGAGUCAUAGCAGCCCAUACUCACUGUGGGACACACUGAGGCUGACUGUGUAAUACAUUGACUCCACUCUACAACUUCACACACUCUGGGUGGGGUUGGGGCAUCAUGGAUUAAGAAUAUCAUGCAGGUAUGCCUCACCCGCCCUCCCCCCACCCCUAACCCCUAACCAGCCCACAGACAAAGGUGUACAGCUCAUCGUGAAUGGCCACAUCUAUCAAUCCUGGCCUUACUGCAUCUGCAGUGAAAAUGGCCACCUCCAACAGCUACUGUGGGAAAUAUACUCUGUAUCUAACCCCUCUGUCCUGGGGACAGUGUAGAGGGAGCUUUACCUUGUAUCUGACCCUGUCCUGAGGAGUGUUUGAUGGGGGACAGUGUAGAGGGAGCUUUACUCUGUAUCCAACCCCGUGCUGUCCCUGUCCUGGGAGUGUUUGAUGCGGGGGGGACAGUGUAGAGGGAGCUUUACUCUGUAUCUAACCCCGUGCUGUCCCUGUCCUGGGAGUGUGAUGUAGAUGGGUUUUAUUUCUGGUAUUAAGGUGUCGAGGCAGCUGUAUGUAAAUUCUGUUGCACAGCUCCUUGCCUGCAGAAUGCAUCAGAAUCUCACCCUGAAUCCAGCAAGCACAACGUGGCUCUGCCAGCGGGUCGGAGGGCUCGAGAGCUUCAUUCUCAACCUGAGGUGUGAGCUGGAGAGAAACUGUAAACCCCUCUCCCCUCCCCCAGGCCUGGAGGGUUAUGGUUAGACCGAGUGUGGAGAUGCUGUAGCUUCUGGGACUUGCAGAGCAGGUGAGGGGAGAUAUUGGGUACCCUGGGGAGUCUGGUUGUAAAUUUUAUAAUGUCAAUAUUCAUCUUUAUAUCACAGGAUGAGCCAUAAGGUGGACAAGUUUUAAUAAAUGUGUGUUGGGGACCUGGGUUUGUAGGGUAUGGUCAGAGUGGGAUCACUGUCCCCUCCUUUAGCCCCGGGCCGUGUGGGUUUGGCUGAUACAGUUGGGCCUGUGCUUCCCCCACCCACAGCUGUUGUGUUGCCCGUCCUGUGGGACCCAUUCACAGGUCUGUACUGACCCUCUGCCUUGCUGGUGCUUGUCACAUUGUGUGUGACUCUGUUAGAGAUGUUGAUGUAUGUUUUGUAAUCUAGUCUGUACAGAGUAAAUAUUCAUGGACCGUG